AUGGCGGAUGCCGCGGAGAAGUCGCAGAAUCCCUGCAGCAUCUGCGACGAGGAAAUGGCGGCCUCGGAGGUCCUCCGCGGUGGCAGCGCCUGCUCUCACGCCUUCUGCCCAGCGUGUCUUACGGGCCACGUCCGAGCCAAGGUCGAGUCCGGCGCCGCCGCCACCGUGCGAUGCCUCGACGCAUCCUGCACCGGGACUCUCGACCCAGAGCUGUGCCGCGCCGCCCUCCCGGUCGACGUGUUCGAGCGGUGGUGCGCCGCGCUGUGCGAGACCAUGUUUCUUGGCGCGCGGCGGACUUACUGCCCCUUCCCCGAUUGCUCGGAGAUGAUGGUGGCCGACGACGACGGCGAGCCCGUGACGCAGUCCGAGUGCCAGGUGUGCAGGCGGCUGUUCUGCGCGCAGUGCAGCGUGCCGUGGCACGCGGGCGCCGAUUGCGCCGCCUACGAGAAGCUCGGGAGAGGGGACAGGAGCAGGGAGGACUUGAUGCUGCUGGAGAUGGCCACGGAGAAGAAAUGGAGGAGGUGCCCCAAGUGCGACUUCUUCGUCGACAAAAGAGGUGGCUGCUUGCACAUUGUCUGCAGGUGCAAAUUUCAGUUCUGCUAUGGAUGUGGCAAUGAGUGGGAGUCUGACUCAUGUACUUGUGAUGACCGGGAUGACGACGAUAGUGAUUCCGAGGAUGAAGACGAUGGAGCCUGAGUCGAUCUGGUCCCAUUUUGAUAUAUGUGACCUUGUCCUGAUGUUAUAAAUUUCCUCCA